AUGAGCAUCCCUAUAACAGAAGGGAGUUAUUCUCUGCUUUGGGAUAGAGAAAACUCAUUUAAGCUGCAUAAAAAACGCUUAGAUGAGAUCAAAAAGAAAAACUCGAGAAAAUCGAGUAAAUCAAGCUUUGAUGCUAACUCCCCCCCCCCUCCGUGAGCGAACAAAACCAUUAGAAAAAUCGCCAUUUUUUGACCAAAAACCCACCCUCCGUGAGUGAACAAUAAUUUUUUUAAUAGAAAAAAUUUUAAUGGAAAAAAAUUUUGAUAUAUAAGUGAUAAUUAGUAUAAUGAAAUCUAGAGCUAAUUCUGUUUAAUUUUAAACAAAUUGCGUUUUAAAACAUAAAUUUUGCAAAUUAAAUUAAUAUUUGCUUCCCAAUUUUUGCAAAUUAGGAUUUUUUUUAAAUUUCGAAAAAAAAAUAUUUUUUAUAAAAUUUAUAUAUAAAUUUUUUUUAAAAAAAAAAAAAUUAAUCCCCCUCCGUGAGCGAACAAAAUUUUUUUGUUCGCUCACGGAGGGGGGGGGGGGAGUAAGAAACAUUGUUUGUUGAAAGAAAAGACAAGGGCGUUCCUUGAGCAAGAAAAAGCUGAUGAAAUUAAUAAGCAGAACCAGAAAUUUCUUGAUAAAUUGAAUGCGAUAAAGUUAGGCAAAAAUAAUGUAAUUGUUAUGCUAUUUAAAUUAAGUGCAAAAAACUGUUGUAUUGAGCAAAGAAAUUAGAUAUUCACUAUAAAAGGCGUACACAGAAACAUUCAUCAAGCUCGAAAGAUCUCAAUGAGAGCAAGAGCCUUAUUUUACUAGCUCCUUCUACCUUAAAUUAGAAUAAAAAAACUAUAUAAAUUCAAAAGGGUUAAUUUUUUUGUAAAUAUUGAUUAUAAAAUUUAUCGACUCAAAAUGCUAACUUUGUUUAAAUAGCAUCCUAGUUCACUUACCCAUUAUAUUAGGUAAAUUUUCAACUCGGCGACACUAAAUUGAGUAUUAAAGCAAUUAGCAUUAUUAUUUUACUAAACGAAAAAGAGAAUCUGAAAGAAUAUCAUAUGAAAAUGAAAUGCUAGUAAAACGGCUCUCUGAUCAGCCUUCAAAUGUUUCUCGCCAAAAACUUAUUGAGGAAUAUGAACAGGUAUAUCUAAUUUCAUUGAUAAACUAAAAAAUGAGCGUAAUAUUUCCAAUUUACAUUAUAUAUAAAAAUGUAUAUAGAAAAAUAUAAAAAUGCAAUUUCCAGAACAAAAUUGCAUGAAAAACUCAAAAAGCUUGCAAAUUUUGAAGGGAGAUAUAAUCAUUUACCACCACUUGAUGAAGAUAAAAGUGAAACAGGCAAUUUUGCAUCUAUGUCUAGGUCUCAUUCAGUGCUACCAAAAGAUCAUUCUAAAAAGAAAGAUUUUUCAAUGACUGAUAGGAUUUCAUUAAAGAGCAAUAAUAGAGAAAGAAAAAGCUCAACUCAAACUGAUUUUCAAUCUAAGACCCAAAGAGGUAAAUCUCUUACUGCUAAGUCUAUGCUCAAACAAGGAUUAAUUGCAUUCUUUUAAAAAAUUUAUAUUUAGAAAGCAAAUAAAUUAAUAUAAAUGAAUAUUCACUCAGGAAAGUUAGUAAGAAAAUUUCUGAAGGUUCUUUUGCUUCUUCAGAAAAAAAUGAAAAAAGGACCUCUAAAAGUAGCAUCAAGAAUAAAAUUUUAAAUGUGAACCGAGACUCUAUGUAUUCUAAAACUCCUGAAAUAAUUUCAGGAGGUAAUAUCAUUUCCCAAGGCAAUAAUGUUGAGUUAGUCUCACAAGGUUCCAAUUCUGAACAAAUUUUGGAAAGCUCUAAUUACGAGCCUAUUUCUCAAAAUACUAAUAUUGAGCCGAUAUCACAAAACUUUAAUACUGAACCAACUGUGGAAAUUACUAAUUACGAGCCUAUUUCUGAUAGCACUAAUGCUGAUCUGAUCUCGCAAAAUUUUAAUUUUGAGCCUGUACAAGAAAGUAAUAAACUUGAGCCUAUUUCUCAAAAUACUAAACCUGAUGUUGCUCAAGAAUCUGAUAUCGACUUAAUUUCAGAAAGCAUAAAUACAGAAACUUUUUCUCAAAAUACAGAUGCUGAGCAAGCUUUGCAAAGUUUUCAUGCUGAGCCAACUUUGCAAAUCUCUAAUAAUAAAAACACUAAUGCUGAGCUGAUGCACGAUCCUAGUGUUGAUCCUAUUUCAGAAAGUGAAGAUGUUGAUCCUAUUUCAGAAAGUGUAGACGCUGAGCCUAUUUCAGAAAGUGCAGAAGUUGGACCUUUAUCUCAGUAUAAUAAUGCUGAGCCAGUUUUCCAAAGUUCUAAUGCUGGGCCUAUUGCUGAAAGUUCUAAUAUUGAGACUAUUACUCAAAGUAUUUCACUAGAAGAAAUAUUGUCAAUAGAAAAGAAUGAAGAGAUUUUCAGCAACAAAGAAGAUUCCAAAUUAAAUCUGAAAAGUAAAAGAGGAUCAAUUUAUAUGAAGGAAAGUGCAAAAUCAAAAGAGAUUUCCAGCAAAGAAAAUUCAGAAUUAAAGUUCGAAAGUCCUAGGGAAUUAAUCCAUGUGAAUGAAAGUGCAAGGUCAAAAGCUUUCAGUAGCAAAGAAGAUUCCAAACUAAAGCUGGAAAGUUCAAGAGAACUAAUUCACAUGAAUGAAAGCGUAGAACAUUUGCGCAGCAAAGAAAAUUCUAAAUUAGAUAUAGAAAGCUCGAGGGAAUUGAUUAAUUUAAAUGAAAGUGUAGAACCAAAAGAAGUUUUUAGCAGCAAAGAAAAUUCGCAAAUAGAAUCAGGAAGUCAAAGAAAACAAAUUUAUAUUAACGAAAGUGCAAGGUCUAAAGAAAUCUUUAGUAGCAAAGAAAACUUCAAAUUAGAGCUGGAAAGUCCAAAGGAAUUAAGUCAAAUGAAUGAAAGCGUGAAAUCAAAAGAAAUCUUCAGCAAAAAAAAUUCGAAAUUAGAGCUGGAAAGUCCUAGGGAAUUAAUUCAUGAAAAUGAAAGCGAAAAAUCAGCAAUUUUCAGCAAUAAAGAUUCCAAACUCAAGCUGGAAAGUCCAAAUGAAUUAAUUAAUAUUGGCGAAAGUGCUAAUACUAAAGAAAUGUUCAGCAAAGAAAAUUCGAAAUUAUCUCUGGAAACUCCAAAAGAACUAACCCAUAUGAACAAAAGUGCUAAAUCUAAAGAAAUUUUCAACGAAGAAAAUUCUAAAUUAGAACUGGAGAGUCCAAAGGGAUUAAUCCAUAUGAACGAAAGUGCUAGAUCUAAAGAAAUUUUCACCAAUGAAGAGCUGGAAAGCCCAAGAGAAAUAAUUCAUGCAGCGUUAAAAGAAAUUUUUGACAACAGUAAAGGCUCCAUAUUAGAGCUGGAAAGUCCUAGGCAACUAACUCAUGUAGAGCCAAAAGAAAUUUCCAGUAAACAAGAUUCAAAAUUAGAGAUAGAAACUUUAAGAGAAAUCCAUGAAGAACUAAGAGAAAUUUGUAGCAAAGAAGAUUCUAAGUUAGAUAUAAUCUAUUUAGAGCCGAAAGAAAGAAUUAGCAAAGAAGAUUCCAAAUUAGAUCUAGAAAUCCCAAGAAAAUUAAUCCUUAUGAAUGAAGAUGUAGAGCCAAAAGAAUUCAGUGUAACUGAAGUUGAGAAAGAGCAAGAUUAAAUUCUAGAGGGAUUAUUUCUGCCCUUCGCCGUUAGACGGAUAGCUUCGCGUUGAUGCUGACGCUAUCCUCAUGCCUGCCCAUUUCAUUCCUGAUGUGACCAAAAUGGGGAUGUAGGAGGUCUCUCGGAGAGAUUGCCCUACCCGUAUCCUUGGUUUCAACGAACGAAAAAACUCCCUAAACCUCUGACAGGUGGGUGAACGCCUCUGCCUCCUCCAUGGCCUGCCUGAGCCAUAUUACAGACUCGGUAAUGCUUCCAUUAAGUACUAAGUGAUUUGCCUUAGUGGUACGUAUACAAAUCAGGGAAAAAAGUUAAGGAUCAGCCCUGGACUAAAAAAACACACUCCAAAGAACUACUAGAAUGUGGCUCUUCUCCUCUGGAUCCGGAUCAACUCUAGGGUAGCUAGAGGCUAUGCCAGAUCACGCCAUUUUUUAUAGUCUUUAAUAGUUGAAAAAGAAGAAACUAAUUUGCAUGAAAAUAAUAAAGACUAUGAAAUAAAUUACAAUGAAAAUUCUCAAAGCAUACCUCACAUUCCUGAUGGAGAAGUUGAAGCUAGUUAGUUAGCAAGAUAGCCCUUAAAUAGCUUGAUUUUCUGUUUUCUGAAGCCUUUUACGUAAGAUAAGCUCCGCUCUGCGCAAAAAACGGCAGUUCACAACCGUUAGAACUUCAUACGCCCCAGCUUCAAAGAAUGCUCUUCUCCAUAACCCAUAGGUAAACUCUCAGAAGAGUCGUAGCUCCCACCUUCACUGAGCCAAAAAUAAGGGAACUGCAAAAGAACCUCCAUUUUAAUGUGAAAUGAAGAGAUUGAUAUUUAA